AUGGCCGCGGCCGGAGGGCCAGUAACGGCCGGACGCUGCCGUCUCCUCAGCUUCCUUUUCCUUCUGUUGAUUUCUGGCCCUGCUCUGGGCUGGAACGACCCAGACAGAAUGUUGUUGCGGGAUGUGAAAGCUCUCACCCUCCAUUAUGACCGCUAUACUACUUCCCGCAGACUGGAUCCCAUCCCACAGUUGAAAUGUGUUGGAGGCACAGCUGGAUGUGAUUCUUAUACCCCCAAAGUCAUCCAAUGCCAGAACAAAGGCUGGGAUGGCUAUGAUGUACAGUGGGAAUGUAAGACUGACUUAGAUAUUGCAUACAAAUUUGGAAAAACUGUGGUGAGCUGUGAAGGCUAUGAAUCCUCUGAAGACCAGUAUGUAUUAAGAGGGUCCUGUGGCUUGGAGUAUAAUUUAGAUUACACAGAAGUUGGCCUGAAGAAAUUGAGAGAGUCUGGGAGAAAACAUGGCUUUAACUCUUUCUCUGAUUAUUAUGAUAAGCUGUAUAGCCCAGACUCCUAUGGCAUCCGUGGACUGAUUACUGUUGUGGUGCUGCUUGCUAUUGCCUUUGGAGUUUAUAAGCUGUUCCUUAGUGAUGGUCAAGAUUCGCCUCCACCAUAUUCUGAGUAUCCUCCUUAUGCCCACCGAUAUCAGAGAUUCACCAACUCAGCGGGACCCCAUCCCCCAGGCUUUAAGUCUGAGUUCACAGGACCACAUAAUACCGGCCAUGGUGGAACUUCUGGUUUUGGCAGUGCUUUCACAGGCCAACAAGGAUAUGAAAAUUCAGGACCAGGAUUCUGGACUGGAUUGGGAACUGGAGGAAUGUUAGGAUAUUUAUUUGGCAGUAAUAGAGCAGCAACACCCUUUUCAGAUUCGUGGGGGUACUACCCGUCUUAUUCUCCAUCAUACUCCAGCACAUGGAACAGUCGUGCUUACUCUCCACUUCGUGGAGGCUCAGGGAGCUAUUCAGCAUAUUCAAGCUCAGACACAAGAACCAGAACAGCAUCAGGAUAUGGUGGCACCAGAAGACGAUAA